CCUCUCUUUUACAUAGGGAACGUGUUUUGUUUUGGUUUUGUGCAUGCUGGUAGCAAGAGCAUUGUAAUUUGUUUUUGAGUAGCACGUGAAGCAAACACAAAGGACGCAAGAUGCCGAAGGUCCGCAGCACUACGGGGAAGCCCCGUACCCAGGGAUUUAACCAUUCCAACCACUCGAUGAAUCCGGAGCGUCCCACAAGUGGCCUGAAAGGCGUUGCGCAUCCGCGUACUAAAGGCACCAUUAAGCGCCUGCAGAUGUACCGCAAUUUUAAGGCCAAGCGCGAUCGCACAGGCAAAAUCCUGACACCAGCACCCUUUCAGGGUCGCCUACCGGCUGGAACCAUGGCCAGAGUGGAGCCCACGCCAAAGUGGUUCAGUAAUUCACGUGUAAUUUCACAAAACGCACUGCAAAAGUUUCAGGAUGAAAUCGGCAAGGCAGUUAAAGACCCUUAUCAGGUCAUUAUGAAGCCUUCACAGUUGCCUGUCACACUCCUGAACGAAGCCUCCAAAUAUCAACGUGUGCAUCUAUUAGACACAGAAAGCUUUGACACUACAUUUGGUCCUAAGAAGCAACGCAAGCGCGUUAGUCUGAAGGUGCGAGACUUGGCGGACUUGAGUCGUGCCGCUGAUGAACAAGCCGAUAAUUAUGAUGCCGAGAAGGAUGUGGAUCUUAUACGUGAAGACACUGGAGAAAAGAAAGCAGUGCGCGAUUGGGUGUUUGGUGCUGGUCAGAGUAAGCGCAUUUGGAAUGAGCUGCAUAAGGUGGUCGAUGCUUCAGAUGUUCUGCUGCAGGUGCUCGAUGCACGCGAUCCCAUGGGCACACGCUCCAAAUAUAUCGAGGAAUUCCUGCGAAAAGAAAAGCCACACAAACAUUUGUUCUUUAUCUUAAACAAAGUGGAUUUGGUGCCUGUUUGGGUUACGCAGCGCUGGGUGGCCAUACUUAGUGCAGAAUAUCCAACAAUAGCGUUCCACGCUUCACUACAACAUCCCUUUGGCAAAGGUGCGCUGAUUAAUCUGUUCCGUCAGUUGGGCAAGUUGCAUAUGGACAAGAAACAAAUUAGUGUUGGCUUCAUUGGCUAUCCAAAUGUGGGUAAAUCCUCUGUGAUUAAUGCUCUACGCUCCAAAAAGGUUUGUAAUGUUGCGCCCAUUGCUGGGGAGACCAAGGUCUGGCAGUAUAUUACGCUGAUGAAGCGCAUCUUUUUGAUUGAUUGUCCUGGCGUUGUCUACCCGUCGGCUGAGACAGAUACAGAGAAGGUGCUCAAAGGUGUCGUGCGCGUAGAGCUGGUUACUAAUCCGGAGGACUAUGUGGAUACGGUACUCCAGCGAGUGCGCCAGGAGUAUCUUGCUAAGAACUAUAAAAUUGACAACUGGAAUACCUCCACACAUUUUCUGGAGCAACUGGCCAAAAAGACAGGCAAACUUCUUAAAGGCGGCGAACCAGAUAUUACAGUCACAGCGCGAAUGGUACUCAACGAUUGGCAGCGUGGUAAGCUGCCCUUCUAUGUGCCACCAGAGGGCUUUGCCACACCUAAAUCAAAAGAGCAGCAGAUAGACGCUAUUCCCGCUAAAGAAGCAGAUGAUACUAAUGAUGAUGCCAGAUCGGAGGCGCCCACAUUUGUUAGUGAGUCGGUGAAGAAGGCGCGCGAGUUCAAGCAAAUACAGGACUAUCGUAAAAUACGAGUGGGUCUAGAGUACGAGCAACAGGAUGAGCGUGAGCUGGAUCACAUUGACUUGGAGCUGCUCGAAAAGCAAAAAGCAGAGCGUGCUGCACGCAAAAAAGCGCGUGUUGCCGCUGGCCAAGAAGACGAAGAGUCUAGCGAUGGUGCUAGCGAAUUUUACUCUGAAGAUGAAUACAAUGAAGAUCUGGAGCGAGUGGUGCACAAAAAGGCCAAAACCAAGAAGACACAAGCUCUAGCCAUUACAUCUUCAGGCAAGUUUCGUGUGGCCAAAAUACAGCCUGGCGAUUCAGAUCAAGGUGGAGAAAGCGAUGAUGAUGGUCCAAGCAGCUCCAAGGCGCCGCGUCUCAAUGCAAAACAGAAGCGUGCGCUGGAACGCAGCCAAAAGCGUAAGAAAAUUGGCAGCAAUUUCUACGAGACGACCAAUGUAAAGAAUCGCAAUCGUAACAAGAAGAAGGAUACAUAACGCUUCUUUCCACUAAGUUAUAUUUUAUAUGCUGGAUAAACGCUACAUAAUUAAGAAUUCAAUAAAACUGUUGCCACAAAAUGUUCACUCAG